CUUCAUAAUGUUUAGUCAAACUUUGAGUUGAAAUGUUAACUCAAGAUACGUGUAGUUGUCACUCGGAAUUGUUGUAAAAAGUACGAUUAUAAGGGAAGUAUUUCUUAAAAUGGCGGAAAAAACGAGAACUAUAAGCCACAUAAAACAUAUUCCAAAAGAUGCUCAAGUUAUAAUGUCAAUUAUGAAAGACAUGGGAAUUACAGAUUAUGAUUCUAAGGUUAUAAACCAAUUGCUCGAAUUUACGUAUCGUUAUGUUACUUGCAUAUUAGACGACAGUAGAAUUUACGCAAAUCAUGCUAAAAAAAAAUUUAUCGAUUUGGAUGACGUUAGAUUAGCAGUUAAGAUGCAAUUGGAACGUACGUUUACAAAUCCACCACCAAGAGAAGUGUUAUUAGAUGUUGCUCGGGCAAAAAACAACGUACCACUGCCAUUUGUCAAAUCAAACAGUGGUUUAAGAUUACCACCUGACAGAUUUUGCCUGAAUGCAACAAAUUAUAAACUUAAGAAUGCAACGAAGAAAGUAGUUGGAAAACCAUUGCAUUCUUUGGUUGGAAAUAACAUUCAAAGUGGUCAGUCUAAGAUCAGAGUAGAAAGUAAUAAAUCUGGACUAUCCAUAGUUAAAAGGCCGGGGACGCUUGCAACAGUUGCCAGGACUCAAAGCAUUACAAUGCCAAAACCUGUCCUGAAAUUUUCAGCAGCCACAACUGGAGGAACUACCAUAAAGACACAAGUAACCAAGCCAAAAAUACAGAUUUCUUCAGGACAAACAAUGCCGCCUAUCAAAGUAGACAUUGAUGAUUCUAUAAAAAGAAACAGAGAUGAUGAUUAUGACGUAUCAUAGUAAUAAAGUGCGCUGGAUAAAUUAUUUUAUAUUUUUUGUUUUUAUCGUUUAAAUCAGUGUAUAUAGUACCAAAAUAAUUUUAUUAUUUAACAUAACGCCUCAAUUAAAUUUUAUCUUUUUGAAACUGUAUAUUUUUUAUUGGACGACAUUGUACAAAUGUGUACAUAGUGAAUUCAACGAAUUUAUAUUCUACUUGCAUAUAUUUAUUAUAUAUCAUCAUAUUUUGUAUAUUAUAUUUCUUCUAAACAUUUUUCAAACGGAAAUUAAGAAAAUAAUACAGAUAUUUCUUGUUCAGUAUUGUAAAAUAUUUCUAUGGAUCAACAUAAGAUAAUAAAGAGAAAAGUGGGAUAAUUGUCUAAAUAAA